AUGACACCCUCUGAGAUCCUGGCGACAAGCCCGCUCGACCUGGCUCCCUACGAGGAUCUGUACCGCCACUUCCACGCCCACCCAGAUCUCUCCAAGCAGGAGAAAGCGACGUCUGAAACCGCAGCAGGGCAUCUCGCCCGGCUGGACGCGUUCGAAAUCCACACCCACAUCGGCGGGUAUGGGUUUGUGGGUAUUCUGCGCAACGGACCGGGCAAGACCGUGCUGCUGCGGGCGGACAUGGACGCCCUGCCCGUGCAGGAGGUGACUGGGCUCCCCUACGCAAGCAAGACGACGCAAGAGCGAGGCAUUGGCAGCGGCGACGUCAAGCCCGUGAUGCACGCCUGCGGCCACGACAUGCACAUCACCUGUCUGCUGGCUGCGGCGGAGACGCUGGUCCGUCUCCGACACGCGUGGAGCGGGACGCUGCUCGUGCUCUUCCAGCCGGACGAGGAGCGCGGAGAGGGCGCCCAGGCGAUGGUUGACGACGGUUUAUACGGCAAACACAACAUUCCAGUCCCGGAUUAUGCGUUCGGGCAGCACGUUAUGCGUCUGCGCGCGGGGACCGUGGGGAUCCGGCCGGGCACGAUCAUGGCGGCCGCAGAUAGCAUGAAGAUCAAGCUGUACGGACGUGGAGGGCACGGCUCCCUCCCGCACCAGACGGUGGAUCCUGUGCUGCUGGCGGCGAACGUGGUGACGAGACUGCAGGGGAUUGUGAGUCGCGAGGUGAACCCGAGCGAGUCGGCGGUGGUGACGGUUGGAUCCCUGCACGCGGGCGAGGCAGAGAACGUGAUUCCCGACGAGGCAGAGCUGGGCAUCGAUUUCCGCUCGGGUAACCUGGAGACACGCCAGCAGAUCCUGUCGGCCAUCGAGCGCGUCGUCGAGGCAGAGUGUGUGGCGAGUGGAUCGCCGCGCAAACCGCUCUUCACGCAUACCAGACGCUUCCCGCCGACGAUCAACGACACCAGCGUCACGGCCAAGCUGGCGGUUUCUUUUCACGAGCAUUUCAAGGAUCACUUCGAUCCAGACACGCCCCGCACAAACGUCGCCGAGGACUUUUCCACCCUCGCCACCUGCCAGGCACGGCCCAGUGCCUUCUGGUUCUUCGGGGGGAUCGACACGGCUCAAUGGGAUGAGGCCGUCCGCACCGAUUCUCUCGACGAGAUCCCUGGCAACCAUUCUGCUCGCUUUGCUCCGGCCAUCCAGCCUACCAUGAGAACAGGAGUCGAUGCUCUUUGCAUUGCAGCCUUGACGUUUCUAACUGGUGGUGAAUAG